UGGGCUAUCUCUAAUUCUCUUUGAGACAUUGCUAAACCCCUAUAUGUCCACAGUCUCUGAUCAUCCCCUGUACUGUCUGCAAUCUCUUGGUCAUCUCUUGUACUGUGUCCGCAGUCUCUGGUCAUCUCCUGUACUGUGUCCGCAGUCUCUGGUCAUCUCCUGUACUGUGUCCGCAGUCUCUGGUCAUCUCCUGUACUGUGUCCGCAGUCUCUGGUCAUCCCCUGUACUGUGUCCGCAGUCUCUGGUCAUCCCCUGUACUGUGUCCGCAGUCUCUGGUCAUCCCCUGUACUGUGUCCGCAGUCUCUGGUCAUCUCCUGUACUGUGUCCGCAGUCUCUGUCAUCCCCUGUACUGUGUCCGCAGUCUCUGGUCAUCUCCUGUACUGUGUCCGCAGUCUCUGGUCAUCCCCUGUACUGUGUCCGCAGUCUCUGGUCAUCUCCUGUACUGUGUCCUGCAGUCUCUGGUCAUCUGUACUGUGUCCGCAGUCUCUGGUCAUCUUCUGUACUGUAUCCGCAGUCUCUGGUCAUCUGUACUCUGUCCGCAGUCUCUGGUCAUCUCCUGUAAUGUGUCCGUAGUCUCUGCAGUCUCUGGUCAUCUUCUG